AUGCACCGCUUUGCUCAUGCGCUGGCCCUUUUUCGCCUGGCGGCUUCUGGACAGGAUGUGACAUUCCUUCCGGCAUGUGCCGGCGACACAUGCGUCAAGAAGCCCCCGCGAGCUGCGGAUGCACCGACAAAGUCAAUUUCGGAAACCGGCGGAUGGGGCUUCAGCUAUGGGCCUCUACCAACUCGCAAAUCAGGGCGCUUCCCAAAUGACGACAUGAUGACAGAGGCCAUGCAGGGCCAGUGGGGGCUUGGUGGUCGGGACGACAUCGCGAUCAUGGCACAAAUGGGAGCACGAAUGGUGCGGCUGUAUGGGAGCGACCCGCGCUUCGACGGAACCAAGUUCCUGAACCACUCGAACAGCUGGGGGCUGAAAAUCGUGGCUGGCAUGUCCGACUACCCAUAUGAGCACGGGCCGGGUAGCUGCUGGACUUCUAACCUGGACUGCUACGAAGCCAUCCGGGAGUCGUACAACUUCACCCUCGACAGCAAGGGCUUCCUCGCGCAGGGCAAGUACCACCCUGCGCUGGACACCUUGGUUCUUACCAACGAGCCGGACUUGAAAUUCAUGGCGACUGGAGGCAAAAACUACAUGCGCGCAGUGCUGAGCGCCUUCGAUGGUGUGCUGGCAGCCGAAACGGAGAAGGGCCUAGAUGUCACUUCCCCAGAGAACAUCAAGUUCACGGCUGCCUUCUCCUAUAGUGUAUGCCCAAGGUGCAAGCACCUCCUCGAACUGAGGUCCAUGGGCUGCUGCGUGGUCUGUACCACAGGCGGCACUGAGGGCACACCCUGCGCCUCACUGGGCGCAGUUGGCAAAGCCCAGGAGGCAGGAGGAAUGCGAUGUCCAGCUGUGCGGAAGCCAAACUUUGCCGACGACUGCCCAGGACUUCCGAUGAUCAUGGACUUGCACUUUGCCAUGGAAGAUCCGAGCAGCGUCGGCUACACCUUCAGGACACAGGGCUGGAAGCAAGCCUUCGACAACCGCUGGAUUCAUUCCUUCAAUGGUUUUGUGGGCGCGAACGCGUUGAACAAGCAGUUCAUACAGAAAUACAUGCAGCUGCCCUUCAACAAGGGUAAGCCUGCAGAGCAGAUGAUCAAGGUGUUCAUGGGCGAGUACGGUGAUCCACACCUGGCCAAAGAUCCAGCGAAGCUACAAGCGGACUUGGAGCGAGCACGUGCUUUGGUCGAGGACAAGACCAACCCCUUCGUUGCCUUCAACUUCUUUGAGUACGAGGUGGCCUUCUGGAAGCCCUGCCCCGAUCCAGCAGGUUGGGACCAUUGGGAAGCCAUUGCUUGGGACGAUCCCAUCCAUGCCCCGAACCCUCCAAAAGACUGCAGUGAAAGGCUGUUCGGAACAUUCUCGGUGGGAGACAUUCCGGUCAGCAAUACGGGAGGCAUUGACUACGACAGCAGGAAUGUCUACACCGUCGACUGCGUCAAGCCUAUAUUCCGGGGCAAACCUCAGGCCGUCGCUGCUGCUUACGGUGGCUCCGCACCAGACACCCAGGUGUGCCAAGCAGGGUGGCAGGCGAAACCCACCCAGUACUGCGUGGCAUCCCGAGGAGAUAUCGACCCUUUGGGGGCCGGUCUGGGAUGGGCUUGCGAUGAGCUUGGCCGCAUGGGCCAUGAUUGCACUGAGGGCCGGCCAUCUGCAUGCAGUGAAGACGUCUACACGCAGAGUGACUGGGCCUUCUCCAUGUAUUUCGAGCUCAUGAAGGAAAAAGGAUCUGCCGAGUCAAUCUGCAACUUCGGUGGCGUUGGCAUUGUGACUGCGCUCCCAGGCCGGCUCGACUGCAUGGCUGUGAAAACCGCCGUCUCAACCACGGAAUCGAUGCCGACGACCACUGGCGCAGUGCCGCCGAACCCAGACCGCCCUCCGCCGCAAAGUGGCAGCCUCCUGGGCAACUGGGUUUGGUGGGCUCUUGCUGCAGCGGCACUUUUGCUGGGGAUCGUCCUCUGCGUGCGGGCGCGGCAGCAGCCCACAGCAGCACGAACCGUGCGUCAGGACUCCACUGCAUCCACGGAGUUCGAGAUGGCACGGGCUUGA